GGUGCCAGGAGCAUCAUGGGCCGCGUCGGCCGAGCCUCGCUGGCUGCUGUCCUCCUGCUGCCUCUGGCCGCUGCCAUGCACUCGGACUGCAUCUUCAAGAAGGAGCAGGCCUCGUGCCUUAAGAAGAUUCAGCGGGCAAAUGACCUGAUGGGCCUCAACGAGUCCUCGCCGGGCUGCCCUGGAAUGUGGGACAAUAUCACGUGCUGGAAGCCGGCCCAGGUCGGGGAGAUGGUCCUGGUCAGCUGCCCCGAAUUCUUCCGCAUCGUCAACCCUGACCAGGCCUGGGAGACAGGAACCCUCGGCGAGUACGAUGGCUUUGCAGACAGUAGCUCCUUGACUCUCUCAGAUGUGGGCGUGGUGAGCCGGAACUGCACGGAGGAUGGCUGGUCGGAGCCCUACCCCCAUUACUUCGAUGCGUGUGGGUUCAUUGAUGAUGAAUGGGAGACAGGUGACCAGGACUAUUACUACCUGUCAGUGAAGGCGCUGUACACGGUGGGCUACAGCACGUCCCUCGUCACGCUCACCACUGCCAUGGUCAUCCUGUGCCGCUUCCGGAAGCUGCAUUGCACCCGCAACUUCAUCCACAUGAACCUGUUCGUGUCCUUCAUGCUGCGGGCCAUCUCGGUCUUCAUCAAGGACUGGAUCCUCUAUGCUGAGCAGGACAGCAACCACUGCUCCAUCUCUACUGUGGAGUGCAAGGCGGUAAUGGUGUUCUUCCACUACUGCGUCGUCUCCAACUACUUCUGGCUGUUCAUCGAGGGCCUGUACCUCUUCACCCUGCUGGUGGAAACCUUCUUCCCUGAGCGGACGUACUUCUACUGGUACACCAUCAUCGGCUGGGGGACCCCCACGGUGUGUGUGACGGUGUGGGCUGUGCUGCGGCUCUACUGCGACAACACAGGCUGCUGGGAUAUGAACGACAACACAGCCCUCUGGUGGGUGAUCAAAGGCCCUGUUGUUGGUUCCAUCAUGGUUAACUUUGUGCUCUUCAUUGGCAUCAUUGUCAUCCUGGUGCAGAAACUUCAGUCUCCGGACAUGGGAGGAAACGAGUCCAGCAUCUACUUCAGCUGCGUGCAGAAAUGCUACUGCAAGCCACAGCGGGCUCAGCAGCACUCUUGCAAGAUGUCAGAACUGUCCACCAUUACUCUACGGCUGGCCCGCUCCACGCUGCUGCUCAUCCCGCUCUUCGGCAUCCACUACUCCGUGUUCGCCUUCUCCCCAGAGAGCGUCAGCAAGAGGGAGAGACUCGUGUUCGAGCUGGGGCUGGGAUCCUUCCAGGGCUUCGUGGUGGCUAUUCUCUACUGCUUUCUCAACGGGGAGGUGCAGGCAGAGAUCAAGCGCAAGUGGCGCAGCUGGAAGGUGAACCGCUACUUCGCUGUGGACUUCAAGCACCGGCAUCCGUCCCUGGCCAGCAGCGGGGCGAACGGGGGCACCCAGCUCUCCAUCCUGAGCAAGAGCAGCUCCCAGAUCCGCAUGUCCGGCCUCCCGGCCGACAACCUGGCCACUUGAGCACCCCCUCCGACCCGGGGCGGGCUGCAGCGGUUGGGGGGGGCCCUGCAUGUCCCGCUGUCCCCCGCGCCCCGGCGGGCACUGGACAG